AUGCCUGAAGCUGCAGAUCUCACUUUCAGUGCAAACAAGGACGGUGUCGUCGACAGUCUUUCAUGGUUGCAGAAGACAACCAAGAACGAGCCCGGCAAUCCUACUGCAGCAGGCCUGGCACUCAGCAUCCUGAGUGUCUUCAACGUCGUGCUGGAAGACAUCCACCUCCUCCACGCCAUCAAAGAAUUCGACACGAGCUACCAUACGAGUGCCCUUCAGCUAGCCAACGCACAACUCAGGCUCAGCCGGUGGGGGGAAGCGCUGGGCUUGACGAAAGCCGAAGUGGACGAGAUCGACAACAGAGUUGACCAUACCACGCUCAACAAGCUCAUGCCUGAGAAGGACCGCAAGGCAGCGUACGAGAACCUGGAGAAGAUCAAAGUAUUGUUAGCCGAAGCCCAUGACAAAGCUCAGAAGUACGAGACAUCUCCAGCCACCGAGCACGACCGCGUACACAAGUCACGUUCUUUGCCGAAACUACUCGAGCACAGGUCUGGAUCCACAGCCACUUCAGUAGCUGCACCAGACUUGGUUGUAGAAGGACUCAGCGAAGGAGUACGUCAACUAUCUAUCAACCGCAAAGCACCGCUGAUGACGAAGAUGAAGCGGGCACUGUACGAGAAGCCGAUCUUCAGAGAGUUGCUCAACGACAUCACCGAGAUCAUGACAGCUGUUGAGACACUGUUCCCGCAAUGCCAGCAGGCGCGGUCAACCUUAGCCAGGGAAGAAGUUCGCAUCCUGGGGAUUGAAGGGGUGGAGAAGAUGUUGAGCACGUUGGUGGAAAAGGCAGCUCAAGACGAAGUGCUGAAGGAUGCAAUCAAGAUGGAGCACCCUGCCCCUGCCACUACGACAAAUCACUCUGGUGCCUACAACAAGGGAUUUCAGAGCGGAACAGUCAACGGCGGGACGUUCAGCCAGGGCGGUUGA